GUUCCUCGCUCGCGAACGAUCUUCGUUACGCGAUGACGUCAGACGUCGCUCGGUAAAGCCGCUGGGAAAGCAGAAGGAGAAGGAGAAGAAGAAGUGUGCGUGUUUCGCGUGUGUUCAGCGCCGCAGCACCAUGAACAGCGUGGGCGAAGCCUGCACGGACCUGAAGCGGGAGUACGACCAGUGUUUCAACCGCUGGUUCGCCGAGAAGUUCCUGAAGGGAGAGAAGAGCGGCGACCCGUGCACGGAGAGCUUCCGGGUGUACCAGCGCUGCGUGCAGAAGGCCAUCAAGGACAAAGACAUCCCGGUGGACGGGCUGGACUUCAUGGGCCCCAACAAGGACAAGCCCGAGAGCUGAUGUCGUCCAACAAGGGACGAGCCCGAGAGCUGAUGUGGUCCUCGCCGAGAAGGCCCGAAGAACAACUCGGCAAAGCGCCGAACGGCCCGGAUCGCGUCUGGGCCUACUGAGCAUGCGCACAGAAAGGCUAGACCGGAAGUUUAUUUGUUUUUAAACAAAACGUGAAGUCUGGGUUGAACUCUUGCCUACUUUUCCCUCAUGGCUUUAUAAACACUUGAAUGUGACAUUGAAGAACAUGAACAAACCUCUCAGCACAUUUGACAUUUAUCAUUAUUUACCGCCUACCACUUUUACCCCUGGAGCUCACUGCUAACAUGAAUGAUGGAAGGAAUUCUUGCCAACAGCUCGUCAUUUUUUUAUCAAUGCCAAAUAAAAUGUUACGACAUGCA